UGUCAGACUAACAAUUGUACAAACGUGGUAAACAAUUAUUAUCUGCAACAAUUCAAGAAAUAUCGCAAAUGGAAGGCAAAAAAACAGACCACGCAGACGACAACCAAAGAAAAGAUACCGAAAAUUCAAUGGUCGUCAAACAAGACUUGAAACUGAAAAUUCCUAGACCGCCUAACGCGUUCAUGUUGUAUGCAAAUGAACACAGAAAGAUCAUGGCUCAACAGUAUCCCGCCGAUUCGAAUAAGGAGAUUAGCAAAAAGUUGGGCAAGACGUGGAAGCAGUUAGACCUUAAGAAGAAGGCGGUUUAUUUCGAAAAGGCCAACACUAUCAGUGAAGAGCAUAAGAGGAAGUACCCAGGUAACUAG